AUGCGUGUGGACUCUAAACCCUUCCGAGUUUCUCUUCUAUCAGAACAUUCUGUGCAAGAUGCUGACCUCAAAGCAGUACCCCUCCAGGCCUGUAGGAGCAGCAGCAUGUUGAACCAGUCAGACUUCCACUUCCUGGCGUUCCCGUUCCCGCUGUGGAAGUGCGGCCUGAUCGCUCUGCCGCUGGCCUUGGUCUUUGGACUGGUGAUAGUAGCAAAUGGCUGUCUCCUGCUGGUUCUCCUCUGUGUGGAGGCUCUGUGGAGUCCCAUGUACGUCCUGGUGGGGGCGCUGUGUCUGGUGGACCUUCUCUCUGCUCUGGUCAUCGUUCCAAACGCGCUCCUGGUCCUGCUCAACCCCAACCACAGCGUCUCACUGACCGAGUGUCUGACACAGAUGUUCUUGACACACUUCCUGUCGUCACUGGAGUCUACACUGCUCCUCGCCAUGGCGCUGGACCGCUACGUGGCCAUCUGCCACCCGCUCAAGUACAGACAGGUGGUGGACCGCUCCUUCUUCCUGGCCCUGGCCCUCUUCACUCUGCUCCGGAGCGGCUCUGUCAUGGCGGUCCUGGUGGGGCUGGCUGCCUCUCUGGACUUCUGUGGCAGUCGUGUGAUCGAGCACCUGUACUGUGACCACAUGGCUGUGGUGCGUCUGGGCUGUGGAGACACUGGGCCCAGUCAGAGGGCAGGCGUGGCUGUGAUCGUGUGCUUCGUAGGCCUGGACAUCCCCGUUAUCAUUCUGUCGUACUUGCAGAUCUUAAUUGUAGUUCACCGUGCGCGGGAGGACAGGUGGAAGGCCCUGCACACCUGCGGGACUCACCUGAUGGUUCUGUUGGUGUUUUACCUGGUGGGCACUGUGGCGUUCCUCUCCCACACGCUGCACCUGAGCCUCUCCUCAGACCUGAACACCGUCAUGGGCCUGGUCUACAUCCUGCUGCCCGCUGCCUUCAACCCCAUCAUCUACGGCGUACGCACCACCGAGAUACAACAAGGGUUCAACCAGGUCUUUGGUCGGGCGUACGGGGUCUGGACCAGGACUCAGAUAGUCUCAAGCAUCAAAGUAUGUCCCUGGACUGUUCCCACCCGCAAAGACUCAAGCUCCACCCAUAGAAACUCAUGCCCCGCCCACAAAGGGUCAGCACCCCCGUCAAUCAAAUAG